AUGGAGCUGGAUAAUGUGUUAACAUCGGAUGGCGCGUAUGAGGAUGUGAAAGCUCCGUCAGAGUUCCCGCGGAAUCAGCUGGAUAUUAAAGAAGAACUUGGGCAGGGAGAGUUUGGGAGUGUCUACAAAGCUGAAGCCUGGAAAAUAUCAGGAACCUCGGGCACAACUGUCGUGGCUGUCAAAGAGCUGAAAGGUAUGUCAACUGCCGCUGCUUCAACUGCUUUCUUCAGAGAACUGGCAGUACUGAAGCUCCUGGGAACUCAUCCCAAUGUCGUGUCUUUUCUUGGCUGUUGUACAGACACAGAGCCAUUUUAUCUCGUGCUUGAGUACGUGUCCGGAGGAAGUCUGCAGUCCACCCUCCGCACCAGCCGGACCCAGCAGACAUACGGGAACUUACACGGCGGCAGCAAGUCCCUCUCCUCACGGGACCUCACCAGGUUCGCCUGGGACGUCGCCAAGGGGAUGGCUUUUCUGUCUUCUAAGAAGAUCUUGCACCGUGACCUGGCGACCCGGAACGUGCUUGUGUCCGCAGACCGGACCUGUAAGGUGUCAGACUUCGGCUUCUCACGGGAGGGAGAUGAAUACGAGAGGACCGCCAAGACCCGUCUGCCUGUCCGCUGGAUGGCUCCGGAGUCGCUGUUCCACCGGAAGUACACCACCAAGACGGACGUCUGGGCCUUCGGAGUCCUGCUCUGGGAAAUCGUCACGCUAGGUGCCACUCCAUAUCCCGGUAUGUCCAAACGCGAAGUUAUGGACGGAGUUCACCAGGGAUACAGGAUGGACAAACCAAAGCACUGCGACCAGAAAUUCUACACCCUGAUGCUGAGCUGCUGGAAUGCCGAUCCCGCCCGGAGGCUAGAAUUCCGGAAGAUCCGGCGGACCCUGGAGUCACUCAUGGAGACUGAACAUGACUACAUCAACCUGGCGAGUUUGGAUGAGAACACCUACCAAAGCCUGCAAACCGCCACGGACGAGAAAUACUGAAUCACAUGGGGAGACGUCAUAACAUGUGCUUUUUGUUUUUCCAACAUCCGACAGUGUUUGUUUUACUGUAUGGUUGUUAUUAUGAAUAGACCCUAGUGUGAUUUGGGGGGCACUUUACACCAACGCCACCAGACAGACUAGGGAAA